GUAGCAAGCAGCAUCUUCAACUUGAUCCUUGUUGGUAUAAAUUCUGCUCGCUUUCAAGCCAGGAGCCACCACAGCAUUAUUACCAGCAUCCAGUCCACUGAUUGUUACCUCCUUCUCUGGCGAUUGGCAGCCAUUCCAUUCGAUCGAUCGAGUCUAGCUUAUCUCCUCCAACAUUUUGGAGCUGCUCUUCCUUCCACUGCUCGUUGAUAGGAUUUUGUGUUCAUGUUUUCAUCAGCCAUGCAACUCAAAGACGAUGGGUCUGCGAGGCAGCUGCAGCUGCAGCUGCUCGUCGCCGCGCUGUCGACGGCCGGGGCUGUGGCAGCCGCCGCCGUGGUGCGACGCAGGCAGCACGGGAGGAAAGCUUCUGCGGCGGCGGCGGCGGCGCCGGUGGUGAUGAAGGAAAUGCCGAGGCUGGAGAUGGCGGCGUCCGGCCGCGUGCAGCACAUCGAAAAGUUCUCUCACUACGUCGCUAGGCAGAUGGGGUUCGAGGACAUAAAUGAGUGCCCACAGCUGUGCAAAUUAGCAAAUAACUACCUGAAGAGGACCAAGAAUUGCAUGGACGACAUCGACGACUUCUUCGCGAAUAUGCCGGAUUCGGAGGCCCUUUAUGUGAAGUUCAUAGAAGAGCUGGAUAAAUGCAUCCUUGGCUAUUUUGCAUUCCAUUGGGACCAUGCUACUGCUCUCAUCAGCCAGGCCUUGACAGUGGACAGUGGUAGCAAGAAGAAGCUGAGGAACCUCGUGUUGGAAGCUACAAGGAAGCAGAGGUUUGAGCGGGUGACUCGGGACCUGAAGGUGACGAGGGUGUUCUCGACGCUGGUGGAGGAGAUGAAGGCCAUCGGCGUCCCGACGGCGGCGAUGAACGGCGACGCCGCCGACGAGGAGCCGCAUUGCACCGACGUGAUGGCGCCGGUGGCGCACGACGAGCGCAGCCCGGUGCUGCUGCUGAUGGGCGGCGGGAUGGGCGCCGGCAAGAGCACCGUGCUCAAGGAGAUCCUCCAGGAGCCACUGUGGUCCAAGGACGAGGCGAAUGCAGUGGUGGUGGAGGCUGACGCAUUCAAGGAGACUGACGUGAUCUACCGUGCGAUUAGCUCCAUGGGUCACCACAACGACAUGCUUCAGACUGCAGAGCUGGUGCACCAGUCGUCGACGGACGCGGCGUCGUCGCUGCUGGUGACGGCGCUCAACGAGGGCCGCGACGUCAUCCUCGACGGCACCCUCUCCUGGGAGCCCUUCGUCCGCCAGACCGUCGCCAUGGCCCGCGACGUCCACCGCCGCCGCUACCGCAUGGGCCCCGGCUACAAGGUCGACCCCGACACCGGCGCCAUCACCGAGGACUACUGGGAGGCCCUCGCCGCUGACGACGACGACGACGAGGAGGGAGGCGGCGGCUCGCCGCCGCCCACCAGGAAGCCGUACCGGAUCGAGGUCGUCGGCGUGGUCUGCGACGCGUACCUCGCCGUGGCGAGGGGGAUCCGGCGGGCCAUCGUCAUGGGCAGGGCGGUGCGGGUGCGGUCCCAGCUCAUGUCGCACAAGCGCUUCGCCGCCGCGUUCCGCGGCUACGCCGACCUCGUCGACGGCGCGCGGCUCUACAGCACCAACUCCAUGGGCGCCGCGCGGCUCAUCGCGCGCAAGGACGGGCUCGCGGGAAGCCUGCUCGUGGAGCCCCGCGAGUUCGGGUGCCUCGACGUCGUCGGCGGCCUCAACGAGAACGCCACCUCCGUGCACGACCUCUACCGCGGCGGCGCCACCGCCUGCGGCUCCCGCUCCAUCUGGGACGACAUGAUCGCCGCGCCGGAGCGCGCCGCCAUCCAGCGCGAGCUCCGGGAGGCCUUCCGCUGCAUGGACCACACGGCCGACGACACCACCACCACCAAUGGCGCCUAGCUUGUGCAUAUUAUACUGCUCAUUCCACGUACCCAUGGUUUUUUUUCCCCCCGGAAUUAAUUAAGUGGGAAAUAAAUUUACGAAUGUGUAAAGGAAAUGUAUUAAUCCAUGCGAAUGGAGGUGUAUUUAAUUAAUGUUGGAGCAGUUCUAAUGAAAUGGUGCAACGGUGAGUCGAGAAAAUUGAUCUAAAAUUAAUAGUUUUGAAUUAAGCUCCUCAACUAUAGUGAACAUAGAUCAUAAAAAUAUGUAUU